AAAAAAAAAAAAACAGGCUGGUUUUCUGCCACGCAGCCUAGUGGAGGGCGUCGGCCAGUGCGCCUUUUACGCGCUCUUAUUUAUGCGCUGCGGCGAGGACAGUUUGGGAUCGCGACUUCCAGAGCGCAUGGGCUCCGCGCGGAGGACGCGACCAUGAAGAGGAGCUGCCGAUCAGGACUUCUCUUUUUUCCUUUUUCUCAGGCGUAAGAUGACAGCCUUGUCACUGUGGCUGGCGAGACCGGGACGAUUUGUGAAAGCGACUUUAACCUUUCAGGCAGAGGAAAUGUCUACGUUUGCGAGCCCGACCAGUCCUUCCUCACAGCUGACCUCGGAUCAGCUCACAGUGCUCGCUGCAUCCUUUUCUUCUCUGGUGUUCUUCUUUGUUUUCAUCGUGGUGCUUUCCAUUUUCUAUCGCAAAGAUUCCCCGUGCUGCAAACACGGCUCCUAUCAGGACCCACAUGCAGAUAUGGAUGCUCCUCCUCAGUACUACAGCAGCAGGCAGACCCUGGUGGGAUCUCCGUGUUUGGAGCAGACUCAGAUCCCUGACGGCAGCAACACCCAGCUGUCCAAUGAGCUGUUCUACGUUGGCCUGCCCUCCAGCUACAGCCUGCCCACCCUGGAGACCCCCCUACCGAGGCUCCCGUCCUACGAGAGCGUGCGAAAGAAGGACCGCCAGAGGCAGAUCCACAUGAUGAUUGCUGACCGUUUUGGCCUGAGCGGACCCAUUGUUACCGAGUCUCCUCCUUCGUAUGAAGAGAGCAUCCGGCAGUCUGUGGAGCUGCCGUACGACAUCCUGUCAUCUGGCCUGGACGCUCCGCCUCCUCGGGGAGUUUACGGCAACAUGAAUCCAGGUUACACCGCAGACAGCUCUGUUCUGCCGCCUGUAUGAUGCCCAGCAAGUCCUCAAACCGGCCAAAGGAUGUGACAGGAAGCCCCGUAUCAGUUUCUUGCUGAACUGUCUGACCCAGAUACCUCAAACUGAGCCAAAAACUGACCCAAAGAGGAGCUGCAUCCCAUCUACUGAGAGGCACAUCUGAUUGCUGAUUACUGCACUCUUACCAAGCUGGAGCUAGAAACAUAAGCAUCUAAUGACCAUUCAUUGGCUAAGGUGGCUGGGACAUCUUUAAGAAUGAAGGGAUGCAACAAGAAGACUGAAAACCUGCCAAAAAAGUGAGAAACGCUGAUUCACUUUGUGGAUGGCAGCGGUGCUAGUUAUGUUCAGCUUAUAAAAAUGUUUUUGUUUUUUGUCGUUUCUGAUUGAUGUCAUUAAGUAAAAACACCAUAUGUUGUUUUUUUUUUUUUUUUUUUUUUCAUUCAAAUGUGCUAUAACGCAGACAUUCCUUGUUUUAGCCAACCAACCUGAGAGUGGGAGAAAAAAAAUGCUAAACAUACAGUGUUUCUCUUCAUGAAGAAAACUGUAUUAACUUAUUUUCACUUUUAAAAAAGAUGAACCUUCCUGAUUCCGGUUCUUUUUAUCGUUUUCCCUCACCUCACCGUGCAUCCAUGGCUCAGUUAAAUCUUACAUUUGUCCUGUGCUGUAUUUAUUGAAGAACAAUAAUUGCCAUCAUGUUCGUACUCUGUAGAAACGCAGGGAAUAAACUGUUUUACUAUUUUGUUGA